CCAGUAAAUUUCUCAUUAAUUUAGUUUUAAUCAGUCUCCUUCUGCUUGAAUUACCAGUUUUUUUUCCUUUUGUUUUGAUUUUUGCAUUAUGCGGUGAUUAUAGUUGCCAGAAAUGGGCUUCCGUUCUUUUUUGUAUUCAAUCCGGUAUGAAUUUGGAUAAAUUAGGAUGAAUUUCUAUAUAGAUGAAGGUAUAUAUGUGUUGAUCGUAUGAUUGUAUAUCAACGUGCCGAUUUUGAUUGAAUUUACGAACCGGAACUGUUAGGGUUUGUGAAUCUUGGUUAAAGUGUUUGUGUGCGUGGUAUCCGAAAUUUUGCAUAAUUGAACAAACUGUGAUCGGCUAAGCACUUUUCUCUGGAAACAGUUGCUACAGCAUGACUUAUUAAUUUUAUAUGAAUUUAGAAAGCAUUUACAUAUUUUAAUGAUCACAUUUGAUCUCUGUUAAAGUGAUAUUGAUACAAGUUCACCUGAAUAUUGCAGCUGUUAGAGGAAUACAUUGAUAUCGGUGAGCCGGAGACUCAUAACUGUGUGAUCAAGUUGGUUAGUAAACUUAAUAAAGUAUUUGCUUGCUCUUCUACGUUUUGUUGGUGUUUUAGAGGGUAAGCCCUAAGAAGCGAAGGGAAAAGGUUUUGGUUGGUUGUGGUGCUGGUUUUGGCGGUGAUAGACCAUUGGCAGCUCUUAAGUUACUUCAAAAAGUUAAGGAUCUCAACUACCUUGUACUUGAAUGCUUAGCGGAGCGCACCCUUACUGACCGCUACCAAGCAGUGAAGUCAGGCGGUGAUGGUUAUGACCCUCGCAUUUCUGAGUGGAUGCAGUUGCUCCUUCCUUUGGCUGUUGAGAGAGGAGUCUGCAUUAUUACCAACAUGGGUGCAAUAAAUGCACUAGCUGCUCAGGAGAAGGUUUUGGAAGUUGCAAGCAGACUGGGUAUCAGGAUUACCGUGGGUGUGGCUCACCAAUUUGAUAUUGCCAAAGCAGGUCUUGAUUCUCAUCUGAGGAAUGCAAACGGUGAUAUAAGUAUGUAUCUAGGGGCAGCGCCAAUAGUGGAGUGUCUUGAGAAGUACAACCCUAAUGUUGUCAUCACUUCUCGGGUUGCUGAUGCUGCCUUAUUUCUAGCUCCAAUGGUUUAUGAACUAGGUUGGAACUGGGAUUCAUUCCUGCUGCUAGCCCAAGGCUCUUUGGCUGGACACCUGCUAGAAUGUGGCUGUCAACUCACUGGAGGAUAUUUUAUGCAUCCAGGAGACAAAUAUAGAGACAUCCCUUAUGCAAAUCUGCUAGAUCUUUCUCUUCCAUUUGCUGAAAUUACUUGUCAUGGGGAAGUGUGUGUGGCAAAGGCCGAUGGGAAUGGUGGGGUGUUAAACUUCAGUACUUGUGCUGAACAACUUCUUUAUGAGGUUGGGGAUCCAGGUGCUUAUAUUACCCCAGAUGUGGUGAUAGAUUUCCAAGAUGUUUCAUUUCAGUCAUUAUCAACCAAUAAAAUUCUCUGUGCUGGAGCAAAACCAGCUGCAGCAUCUGUACCUGAUAAUCUUCUAGCACUAGCUUCAAAGGACUAUGGAUGGAAAGGAUGGGGGGAGAUUUCCUAUGGGGGAUACAAAUGUGUCGAACGAGCUAAAGCUGCUGAAUUUUUGGUAAGGUCAUGGAUGGAAGAAGUACAUCCUGGUACUAGUAGCCGGAUAGUGUCGUAUAUAAUUGGAGUAGACAGCCUCAAGGCAUUUAACGUUGACAAUAUCACCUCUAUCCCGAGGGCUUGUGAAGAUAUUCGGUUGAGAAUGGAUGGGUUAUUCGAGCAAGAGAAACAAGCCAUUGGGUUCACGAAAGAGUUCAUGGCUUUGUACACAAACGGACCAGCUGGUGGUGGUGGUAUCAGCACAGGAUGCAAGAAAGAGAUCAUUCUUCAUAAAGCAUUGGUUGGGCGUGAACAUAUUUACUGGAGAAUCUCCGCAAAGCGAAACCAACCAACAAACUCGAAGGAUCAAAUCAACGUAGUCCAUCCAGAAACGCCAUCUGAUAAUCUCGAGGGGUUUUUAUCUCCCGAGAUUCACCUCUCUCCUGCUCCAUCGGGCCAAAAGGUCUGUCUCUACAACGUAGGCCAUAGUCGAGCUGGAGACAAAGGUAACGACAUAAACUUCUCCAUCAUCCCUCAUUUCCCGCCGGACAUCGAGCGUCUGAAGAUCGUCAUAACACCAGAUUGGGUCAAAAGAGUCGUGUCGCCUCUUUUGACCCAAUCAUCGUUUCCUAACCCUGAUGAUAUGGAAACACGAAACAAGUGGGUCGAAGAAAAUGUUAAUGUCGAGGUUUACGAGGUUCGAGGAAUCCGUUCAUUAAAUGUUGUCGUGAGGAACAUUCUAGAUGGCGGUGUUAAUUGUUCUCGAAGAAUAGACAGGCAUGGGAAGACUAUAUCAGAUCUCGUUUUGUGCCAACAAGUCGUUUUGCCACCGUGAUUAGACGAUCGUUUGAUCUUUCGUGCAACUUUCGAGGCGGUCUCGAGUGAUGUAUUUACAUCGUGGGAUAGUAGAUAUGUGAAUAAGUUUUUGCUCGAAAAUGAUAAGUUUGAUGGUAUAUUUAACCUCGUGGUAACGGUGGCAAGCGUUUAUUGCUUUCAGCUACCAAUCGGAUGGUUGGGAAGAAACAAAUUGGUCAGAGCUAUUAAGCAGUAUUAAUGAGAUUGAACAUAAAAGAAACUGUUUGAUUUUAUAUAAUAUAAUGAGUUCAUUCUCCCAUAAGUUUGUUAUGGGAAUUCUUUUUCUGUCAAGAAGUCAUUCUGAUAUAAAAGUAAUGACUUCUUGACCUGACUAAUUUGUAAGAUUCAUAACAUGGUUUUAAAAACGCUCGUGGUCAUGGAUUAUAAACAAUCAAUAAUGUCUAAUAAGAUUCAAAAUUUACCAUUGGUUGGGAAAUGAACAAAUGUUGUCUUAUAGGGAACUUGAUACCUACUUUAUCAGACGUGUUUUUAAAAACGUGAAUCCAGAUGUGUGGAUAAAACAGAUAAAGUCUGGUAUAGUUGGCUUGAGAUGUUAUAAAUGGUAUUAG